UCCAGUUCGGCGCAGGAAAUGUGUCCAAAGGAGAAUAGUUUACAUCCGGGACGUGUUUGUUCCUCCGCCGGCUUGUGAAGAGAAACCCGUGAGGAACCGCAGGAGGUGAAGAGACACUAGAUAAGGAUGGAUCUCAGAAUGUUGCUGCUGUGCGUUGCGCUUUGUGUGGCUCACAUCUCCACCAAACCCAUGGAGAAGAAGGACCGAGUCCAUCACGAUACUCCUCUGAGUGAAAAGGAGCACGACGACGAGGAGAACUUCGACUACGACCAUGAAGCCUUCCUCGGACAGGAGGAGGCAAAAACCUUUGAUCAGCUGACACCAGAAGAGAGCAAAGAGAGACUCGGUAAAAUUGUUGAAAAGAUCGAUGAGGAUCACGACGGCUUUGUGACGGUGGAUGAGAUGAAGAACUGGAUCAAACAUGCUCAGAAGCGCUGGAUUUACGAAGACGUGGACCGACAGUGGCAGGCACACGACCUCAAUUCAGACGGACACGUGUCCUGGGAGGAAUACAAGAACGCUACAUACGGCUACGUCCUCGAUGAGUCAGAUCCUGAGGACGGGUUUAACUAUAAGCAGAUGAUGAGCAGAGACGAGCGGCGAUUUAAAAUGGCAAAUAAAGACGGAGACCUGCAGGCAAAUCGUGAGGAGUUCACGGCGUUCCUCCACCCUGAGGAGUAUGGCUACAUGCAGGACAUCGUGGUUCUGGAGACCAUGGAGGACAUUGAUAAAAACGGGGAUGGAUUUAUUGAUCUGGAGGAGUACAUCGGUGAUAUGUACAGUAAGGAUGGAGACUCCACAGAGCCUGAGUGGGUGAAGACUGAGCGAGAGCAGUUCUCAGAGUUCAGAGAUAAAGAUAAAGAUGGACGGAUGGAUAAAGAGGAGACAAAGGACUGGAUUUUGCCCUCAGACUACGAUCACGCCGAGGCAGAGGCCAAACACCUGCUCUACGAAUCAGACGUCGAUAAAGAUGGACAGUUGACGAAGCAGGAGAUUGUGGAUAAAUAUGAUUUGUUUGUUGGAAGUCAGGCGACGGAUUUCGGAGAGGCUUUAGUGAGACACGACGAGUUUUAAUCCUGGAGCUGCGUGAAGAGACGCGACAUGGACAUCAUUUAUUUCCUUAUAAACGAUCUCCAUCACGCAAAACUUCCAUCACACACACACAAACACACACACACACACACACUGUAAAAAAAUUUUCAGGAAAAGGAAAUAAUCAGUAAUAAGUUCGGUUCGUUUUUUACGUUUGGACGUUUUAAGUCUAAUCUUUAGACGUGUGCGUGUGUAUGAAUGUGAAUACACAAAGUAUUCCAAAGCCGGUGUGUGUAAGGGUGUGUGUGCAGUGUUCAGGUCUCUCCUGCGGCGUUACAGAUUCACACGCUUCUUCUGUACGUCACGUGAGCGUGAAAAACAGUGUAUUAUUAUUAUUAUUAUUAUUAUUAUAUAGGAAAUUUACUGACCAUCACAGUCACCACACACUGAUGAUGAUGAUGAUGAAGAGUUGUGUAGCAGCGCAUUAACCACUGCAUCCACAUUUUAUUUUGCUGUAUUGUGUAAAAUUCAUCAUCAGCGCAGUAACGCGUUCUAUUGAUGCGCUGCCUUUUUGUUGUUUUUUAUUUUAUUUUAUUUCACAUAUAUAUUUUGCUAUCACUACACACACACACACACACACACACACUCACACAGUUCCUCUGAAUCAGAUUAUGAUGCACAUGGUCACACUGACAUUUCCAUUUUUUUAUUCCAAACAUUUUCAGAUGUUUUGUGUGCUUCCUGUUGCAAAUGAAUUUUGGGGGGAUUUUUUUAUUUUUCAGGCAACCCGUCCGUUAUGACUGAAAUAAACUCUUCUGUCCAGGUUUUGAA